AUGGGCAAAGCACCUAAGAAAAAGUUUACAAGUGCCACAGGCAAUGGGCCUCAAGUAUCCGCGGACAAACAUAUGAGUUCUGUGUUCAAGUUCAAUACAGAUCUGGGCCAGCAUAUCCUGAAAAAUCCACUAGUCGCGCAGGGGAUCGUCGACAAAGCACAAAUCAGACCAUCGGAUGUGGUUCUGGAAGUCGGUCCUGGUACCGGUAACCUGACGGUGCGGAUCUUGGAACAGGCCCGCAAAGUCGUGGCAGUGGAAAUGGAUCCCAGAAUGGGCGCCGAACUGACCAAGCGAGUCCACGGCACCGCUGGCGAGAAAAAAUUGGAUAUUCUGCUGGGCGAUUUCAUGAAGACCGAGCUGCCCUACUUCGACAUCUGCAUUAGUAACACACCUUACCAGAUCUCGUCUCCUCUAGUGUUCAAACUUAUCAAUCAGCCGCAGCCUCCUCGUGUCUCGAUUCUGAUGUUUCAAAGAGAGUUUGCCAUGCGGCUGCUGGCGAGACCUGGUGAUUCGUUAUACUGUCGGCUUUCCGCCAAUGUUCAAAUGUGGGCCAAUGUCACACACAUCAUGAAGGUCGGAAAAAACAAUUUCAGACCUCCUCCACAGGUAGAAUCCAGUGUUGUGCGGCUUGAGAUCAAAAACCCUAGACCGCAAGUCGAUUACCACGAAUGGGAUGGCUUGUUGCGGAUUGUGUUUGUACGUAAAAAUAGAACCAUCGCAGCAGGGUUCAAGUCUACUACCGUGCUUGAGAUUCUUGAGAAAAACUACAAGGCUUUCUUGGCAUCCGUCAACUCGGGUUCCGAAAUGGUCGACGACACGAACUCGAUGCUAGACAUUGUCAAGAAUAAAAUCGAAACUGUCCUUAAAGAAACCGGCCUAUCGGACAAGAGAGCGGGGAAAUGCGACCAAACGGAUUUUCUCAGACUUCUCUACGCAUUCCAUCAAGUAGGUAUUCAUUUCGCCUAA